CCACGUGGUCAAAUCCACUAUGGCUGCACAGUAAGAGGAAUGCUAUCAAGACUCACACUUUAAAUGACAAACAUCGAGUAUAUAUUUAUUUAUAUUCUGAGGUUAACUCCCGUGUCGAGAUGUGGCUGCCACUUCCCACAGUGUGUUUAAGGAGACAGACAGUCUGCAGGAGGAGCUUCGUUGGUGCUUUCUUAAAAAGUACAAGGAGACCCAGGGGCGAUGCUGCCGCCUCUGCCUUCAGUCAUUCAGCUGGACUUGGAGCACAGACGUGCAAGGCGCUUCUGUACAGAAAACACGGAGACCCCUCUCAAGUCGUCCAGUUGGAGAACAUAGAUCUGCCCACCGUAGGUGCCAAGGACGUUCUGGUUAAAAUGCUGGCAGCUCCAAUCAACCCAUCUGACAUCAACAUGAUUCAAGGUACGUAUGCUAUCCUGCCCGACCUCCCGGCUGUUGGAGGCAACGAGGGAGUAGCCCAGGUCGUAGAGGUGGGCAGCCAGGUGAAGUCCCUAAAGACAGGAGACUGGGUCAUCCCAAAAGAUGCUGGUCUAGGGACAUGGAGGACAGAGGCAGUGUUAUCUGAGCACGAUGUCAUCACGCUGCCAAAUGACAUUCCCUUACUGGCUGCUGCCACACUAGGGGUGAAUCCCUGCACCGCCUUCAGGAUGCUGUCUGACUUUGAAGAUCUCAAGCCAGGUGAUUCUGUGAUCCAGAACGCUGCCAACAGUGGUGUUGGACAGGCUGUAAUACAGAUUGCUGCUGCAAGGGGAAUAAACACUAUCAAUGUCGUCAGAGACAGGCCAGAGUUCACACAGCUCUGUGAUAGGCUGAAGGCCAUUGGAGCAACUCAUGUGAUCAAAGAAGAGGCACUGAGGCGGCCUGAGAUUAAAGACCUGUUCAAGACCUGUCCAAGGCCUAAACUUGCACUGAAUGGAGUCGGAGGAAAAAGCGCAACAGAAUUACUCCGUCAUCUACAGUUUGGAGGAUCUAUGGUGACAUAUGGAGGAAUGUCUAAACAGCCAGUUACAGUCCCCGUGAGUGCUCUCAUUUUCAAGGACGUGAAGGUUCGGGGAUUUUGGGUGACACAGUGGAAGAAAGAUCACUCAAAUGAUGGAAGGGCAUUUAGAGCAAUGCUUGAUGAACUGUGCGACCUCAUCAAGCAGGGGAAGCUGACAGCUCCUGUCUGCACCGAGGUGGGCCUCCAAGACUACAGCAAAGCCUUGGACACAGCUGUGAAGCCUUUAAUUUCAGCUAAACAGGUCCUGAUGUUGUAAUCUUGUAACCUUAUCUGCCAUGCAUGGAACCCAAGGACUGCCACAUUAUUGUUGGCGUCAAUCAAAUAGACUGCUCAAGCACACAAUCAAUAAAUGUGUCUUCACACCCGGCUCAAAGUCCUA